AAGACCCUCCCCCUGUUUCAAACCCCGCCCACGCUGUUAGCGGAUUGGCUGUUACUGCGUGCCACACUGACGCAUUGAGGCGACUUCCUGCUCACGUGUUUCCGGGCUGGGGCUCAGCAUGGCUGAACUGAAGAUAAACCGCAAGUUCGCAGAGAGAUACGAUCGCUACCGUGAGAAAGAAGAGCUGCAGCGCCUCAAAGACCGAUAUGGGGACCUGCCAGAGGAAGAGGAGGGCACCUCCAGCUCCGAGUCUGAAGAUGAAGAGAUGGUAAUUGAUCCCAAGCUGGACAAGGAGUUCUAUCGCACGCUGUCACUGCUGAAGAGGAAGGAUCCCAGAAUCUACCAAGAAGAUGUCACAUUUUACAGCAAUGAAGGAGAGUCUGCCUCAGGCCAGAGUAAAGCGGCCAAAGAGAAGCCCAUGUACCUGAAGGACUAUGAGCGCCAAGUCAUCCUAGAGAAGGAGGGCAAAUAUGAGGAUGAGGAAGAUUCAGAGGAAGAUGAUGAUCUGCAGGAUCAGAGAGCCCGCUCCCCCACGUACCUGGAAGAACAGAAGCAAAUCAGAGAGAGCUUCCGGACGUUUGUGGAGGACAGUGACAACGAGGACGGAGAGGGAACGGCGGGGAAUUUAUUGACGAGACGAAUAAAGACCAAGAAGGAGCAGGAGGAGGAGGAAGAGGAAUACAUUGCCUGGCUGAAGGGCCAGAAGGAAAUCCAUGAUAAAGGGGAAGUAAAGGAGAUGGGGUUCCUAAAGGAAUAUUGGUCUGACCCGGCUCUGGAUGAGGGGGAGAAAUUCCUGCGGGAUUAUAUACUCAACAAGGAGUAUCUGGAGGAGAAGGAGGACUCUGAGGAGGAUGAGGAAUGCCCCCCAGCCCUAGAAGAGGCCCCACAUGUGUCAGAUUCAGAGGACGAGGGGGAACUUUUCCUGAAGAAACAAGAAGAUUUUGAGAGAAAAUACAAUUUUAGAUUUGAGGAGCCGGAUUCUGAUUUGGUUAAGACUUUCCCCAGAACCAUCGCACAGUCGGUGAGACGCAAGGACGACCGGAGGAAGACUAAGAGGGAGGAGACCAAAGAGAGGAAAAUGAAGGAGAAAGAGAGGAAACAGGAGGAGCUGAAGCAGCUGAAGAACCUGAAGAAGAAGGAGGUGCUGGGGCGGCUGCAGAAGCUGCGGGAGUUGGCAGGAGAGAAGUCCUUGGACGUCACAGAGGACGACCUGCUGGAGGAUUUUGAUCCGGAGAAACAUGAUCUCAUUAUGCAAAAAUGCUUUGGUGAUGACUAUUAUGGGGUGGAGGAGGAUCAGAAGCCACAGUUUGAGGAGGAGGAGGAGGAGGAGCUGGAAGACGAGUGGAACUGGGACUCGUGGACCGGAGAAGAAGCCUCGGGGUGGGGGCAAGAAGGAGAAACCCAUUGCGAUGACCCAGAAUUUGUGAUGGAUGCAGAUUAUGACCCAGAGGCUGCUCCCGGACCUUCACGCAGAGAGAGGAAGAGGCUGCGCCUCGAGGCCCAACAGAGCGGAAAGAAGCGGAAAAAAUCCAAAUUUGCUGAAGUUGUGAGCAAAGAGAAGCCGGUGUUUGACCCAGGCGACAAGACCUUCCAGCAGUACCUAGAUGAGUAUUACCAACUGGACUAUGAAGAUAUCAUCGAUGACCUGCCCUGUCGCUUUAAAUACCGACAGGUGGUGCCGUGCAACUUUGGGCUGAGCACAGAAGAGAUACUGGCGGCAGAGGACAAGGAGUUAAACCGAUGGUGUUCCCUACGGAAGACUUGCAUGUAUAGGUCUGAAAAGGAGGAAUAUCAGGACCAAAAGGCUUACGGUCAGAAGGCGCAGAAUCAAUGGAAAAAGCUUCAGGUCUUAAAGUCUUUGACUCAAAGUGAUGAUGCCCAAGAGACAACGCCACCUUCCAAAACAAAAGUAGGAAAGAAGAGGCGAGACAGACUGAAGCAAUCCGAGGAGGAGGAGGAGGAGGAGGAGGAGCAGCGAGAGGGAGCAGAGCAGCCAAGGGAGGAGACUGCAGAAGCCACAGACAUGCACUGCGAGAGUGACCUGCCAGCUUCCAGCAAGGACACUGCAGAUAUCCUGGCCCCCAGCAAAGCCGCUGCUGCUAGGCAACAAGGGCCCGAAGUGAGUCUGGGCCCCAGCAAACCGGACGUGGCUGUGAGUAACGUGGAACAAGAGACUCUAGAGAGCCAGAGUGCGGAGGGUAAUCACGGACACACAGAGGAAAAAGCCGGACCCCCAAAAUCCAAAAGAAGAAAGUUUGGCAAGAAGGGCGGGCGUUUGUUAAGCACCAAAGUGAGGCUGGGUGGGCGAGAGUUCAGUGGGCAGCGCUUACGGGCGUUUGGCCUGAACCCAAAGAGGCUUCGAUAUCGCCAGCUGGGGAGGGAGAGGAGGAAAAAGGAAAAGGCCAACAACGCCUAAAAGCUUCAGUUGUGCCAUUCAUCCAAUCAGAACACACCCCAGUCUCCUAUUUCUAUACAUUAACCUUGUACAGGUCUCUAGGGGGCAGCGUAAAGAAAACUCCGGACGAAAAAAAAUCCCAUUUUAAAAAGGUUUAUUUCCCGUAUAUAAAUAAAAACUUGCCAGAA